AAAAGAAAGCCCAAAAAAGCCAAUAACCAAAAAAUCAAUUCCAAAAUACAAUAAUUAAUCAUCAGAUUAAUAUCAAAUCACAUAUCACGUGAUCUACACUACAAAUUUAUUGAUUUGUUUCUUUGCAGGCAAGGAACGCGUUAAUUCGCACCUUUUUGAGAUGGAUUCAAAAAAGUGCACAAAAAAUACAAUUCAGGCAGCGAAUUAAGCUCUAAGGGUAAAUUGGUGUUAUCGCGGGAUACUUCGAAAAUGACCAAGGGUACCUCUAGCUUCGGUAAGCGUCACGUUAAGACGCACUCGCUGUGCAAGCGCUGCGGUAACCGCGCGUUCCACAACCAGAAGAAGACCUGCGCGUCGUGCGGCUACCCCGCUGCCAAGAUCCGUUCCUUCAACUGGAGCAUGAAGGCCAAGCGCAGAAAGACCACCGGUACCGGCCGCAUGCGUCACCUCAAGACCGUGAACAUCCGCUUCAAGAACGGUUUCCGUGAGGGUGCCAAGCCCGCUGCCAAGGCAACUAAAUUUUUAUUUUGAAUAAUGUUCAGUUAAAGUUUGGGGUUUU